GAGUGGGUAGCUAGAAAGAGACAGAGCCUGUACACGAGGCAGGAGGCUGCACCUCACUCUCUCUCUUCCCUCUACUCCCGUCUGCAACGCCUGACAGCACUGCACCGCUGCUACAACAGUCCUAAUGGAGGCUCAGGCAGAUUCUAGUACAGCAGAGCCACUUAGAGAGCGAGAGUUCCAGAAGCUUCUAAAGUCAUCCAGCUCGGCCAGUCUCACCAGUGAGGCAUCCCACAAUGCUUUAGGAGAGCAUGUUGGUACCCCAGCACAUUAUGGCAGUCAGGUGCUGAUCACAGAGAAACGACAGCCUCUGAGCAGUGUGUCCUCACUGGAGGUGCACUUUGACCUCUUGGACCUGACAGAGCUCACAGACAUGUCUGAUCAGGAGCUGGGGGAGGUGUUUGCUGACUCAGAUGAGGAGAACCAUACAGAAUCCCCUGCAAUUCAUCCUGUAGAUCGCCAAAAGCCCCCGUUACCUCGAUUUCCACACAGUCAUUACGUUCGCUCGCCUUCCUGGACCCGUGGUGGAAAAGGGGAGCAGCAACCAAGAGAUCGGAAACACCACAGCGACUCGGAAAACACAGAACCUUUACUGAAGAUAGAACGCUCCCAAUCUCAACAGCCUUGAGUCAGGGCCACCUACAGGGGCUCAGGGAGAACACAAAGCCCUUAUGUGGGAAGUGGAGGUUCCUUCUAAAGCAAGGAAAUGAGGAACCUCUGGGAUCAAAGGACAUGAAGAUCCCAACUAAAGAUAAUGCAAUCCCUUUGCCCAUUAUGAUGGGCAAGGAGACAACUCCAAUAAGCUGGGGUAAGUAUAGACUCUUCCCUCAAGAUAGAAAAGACUUCAUCCAACCAGGUUUUUGCGACACCUCUUUGUGACAUGGACACGUCCAUCUACUCCAUUUCAUUACUGAAUAUGGAGAACUAGAAGCAUGAUGUAGCAUUAUGGACCACAUUGGCUCAAGUGAUGUAAGAGAAAUGUGAAUCUAAAGAGCAAUUGAGGACUUCCACUGUGAUUUUAAACAGUCAAGAACCUGUAGCAAUACAGCAAUGUGUCAAAGCAGCAAUUGUGACAGCACACAUUCAGAGAGGCAAAGGCAUGGGUCAAGAAAUGCCUGUGAAAGAGGUAAAAAUUUCCAACAAAAGUGGCCUUUGAGGAGAUUCUGCAUGAGAAUCAGGAGACCCAGAAGUGAAAUAUCUUCUUUAAAAGAAGUUAAUGCCUAAGACCACAAACAUACUCUAGGCAAGUACAUGAAUGCAGGCACCUUUAACUACGCAAGAUCAAUUUCAUGUGUUGUUGCAUUUCAGAAUGCAACACAAGAUCCAUUAUUGCAAGCAUUAGUAUAAACGGUCUGUUUCUAUGGUCAGUUUUCUCUGUAAGGGUCAUCUAUUCCAGUUUCCCACCCCUGUUCCUGGAGGCACACCAACAAUACACAUUUUGGAUGUCUCCCCAGGCUGACGGCGUCCAUUCCAGGGCUUGACGUCUCUACUAACGAGCUGAUGAGUUGAAUCAGAUGUGUUAAAUUAAGAAAUCCAUCGAAAAUGUGUACAGCUGAGGUGCUUCCAGGAACAGGCUUGGGAAACACAAAUCUACUUGGUGUUUCUCAAUCGGAAGGCUGCAGCCUAGUUAGGCUGUGUCCUCCCUAGACCAGUCCUUCUGAGGCUGUAGGAUAGGCUCCUUCUCAGAAUUCAGUGCUUGCUUACGGUCUAGUAAGUGCACAUGUGCUAGGGAUUUUGGGUGAUUGAAGGCCACAAAGGGUGCACUUGAUGCAUCCUUCUAAAAUAUGGUAAAAAAAAAGACUGAAAAACGAGGAUGGCGUCAAAGGUUCCUCACAAUUGAGAUGGCCUUUGACGGGUACUUGAUGACAUGGCAGCCGAGAUAUCAAGCCUAAAUGGGCUGCAGCCUUCCGAAUGAGAAGUACCCAUUGUAAUGGCUGAGCAAAAGUUUAAAGAGAAUCUUGCUUUGCAGGUUAAAGAAGUUAGUUUAAGAAUGGCACAUAUAUUUGAAGGUAACUCUACUCUAUUGCCCCCUUGAGUAUUACGGUUUGAUAUUUCCACAGCAGCUCAAGAACACAUUGCAUGUAUUAAAGCUUGGCCAAGCAUUUGCAUCCGUGUUGUGUGAUUCAGUAUAGCAGGGGUCGGCAACCUAUGGCGCAUGUGCCAACACUGGCACACGGAGGGUUAAUCACUGGUACAUGAGCAUCAGCGAGAGAGUGGAGUAUGUAUUUUAUUUAUAUGAUGUCCCUCGCACCUGCAUGCCAAUCUAGCUAUUGUAUGUUUUUAGUUAUGAGCUAAAUGGGAGGCCAAAUAUUGUUAAAGUGUGACUAGACUGCGCUAGUCUACAGACGAGCGCAGUGCAUGCAAACCUUUUGCGCAUCACAAGCCGCUUAUAACUCUGCAGAACAAUUCAGGUGCCACUUCACUUUUAAUGAAUCAUGCAAUUAAACGCACCCACAUUGUGUCAGUCGUGCUGCACGGUUGAGCAGGUGGCAACCUACAUUUUCUUGUUUUAUGUGUUGCUUUUUUCUUCCAGAUCAACAUGAUGUAAUUAAGAAUACCCCUAUGGUUAUUAUGACUACAUUAAGAAAUUACAGAAAUAUUUUACAAUUGUAUUAUAAUUACUUAAAUUGCUAGGGUGGGUAGAGUCAUGUGGGUUUCCUUCCUCGCGGUCACUAUAAGGUGUUUCUCACUCUCGGUGGGGCGCGUGGUGAGUUGUGCGGGGAUGCCGUGGUGAAUAGCAUGAGCUUCCACAUGUGCUAGGCCUCCGCGGUAAUGCACUCAGCAAGCCAUGUGAUAAGAUGUGCAGGCUGACUGUCUCAGAAGCGGAGGCAACUGAGAUUCAUCCUCCGCCACCCAGAUCAAGGCAAGUCACCUCGCCACCACGAGGAAUUAGUGUGCAUUGGGAAUUGGGCAUUCCAAAUUUGAGAGAAAAGGGGAUAAUACCACCCCCCCCCCCUUGAACCUUUACUUUGGCGGAAAACUGCAGGAAUAUUCUAUGUGAAGUUGCAUUAAAAAUAGCUUUUGAAUGAGCACCUCAUUAAAAAUUUGUUGAUAUACUAUCAUCUCUUCUGUCCACAAAAACCUGGUGUCAUAGGGUUGUUUUAGAUUUGUAAAGUAACUUGUAAUGGCCAAUUAAAGUGAAUUUGGAGCUCUGUAAAUAUAAUACGCUCAGCGCAUGUUAACAAACCGGAUUGAAUGCAACACAUCUGCUAUUUUAUACAUGAAAUGAAAGGGAGCACAGAACCACCUAGCGUGUGCUCAGAACAGAGCUGCACACGAGCAGCGCGUGUAGACUGUUGGAUUCAAUCACAGCCCUUUGCAGUUUAAUUUUCACAUACGGUCUUAUUUUGUUUUUAUUUUGAUGGAUCGUUCAGCCCUACACUUUGCAAUAGAAAAAAAAGUAUUGUUUUUGCAUUAUUUUGCAGCAGGUGCUCUUUAUACCUUGUCAUGUUCAAUUCAGACUGCAAGCUCACAACUAUCAUCGGCACAGUGUCAGCAAAUUGAUUAAUUAGGAAAAUAAAAAAGACACUUAUUGUCAAAAAGGUUGCUGACCCCUGACGUCUAGUAUGUUUUUUAACUUCUCCUGACAAAGUGUUAGUGUCAUUAAUCUAAUAAUUUCCCAGCAAGAUGAUAUCAAAAUACAGGGCCUCAAAAAAUUCUUGAAAUAUGCCUAAUUCAGAUUUAAUCCUAAAAGACCAUUCAAAGGCAACUGAAAGGGCAAUCAAGAUGCAAAUGUUCAAGAUUUAAAGUCUUUUGUGCAAACUACUGGAUUUAUCUGUACUUGCUGUUCCUGCUGUACUGUAUUUGUCACCAUUCAAGGUUAUUACAGGGUUCAAUGAUGUCAAGCAUUUUCAAAACACAGGGUCUCAUCAGCAAUGAAUUGUAAAAACUAAAAGAAUCAUGAACAGUCUGACAAAUUAAUGAAAAUAACAAAUCUAACAUGGGAAUAAACAUGCAAAAUAUGAAAAAGAUGAGGUUGUUUCCCUUUUUGUUUCAGUGUUGAGCUU